CUUCGCGCGGCAACAUAGCCUAACCUAACCUACCCUAACCUCCUCAGGGACGAAUCACGAGAAAUGCAAUGCUACGCUUGCACUGUAUCUAUGCAUGUAAAAUCGUGAUAUGUGGAUCGAGGCCGUUUUUUUUUGAGGUUAUCAUGCGCAACGCUUGUCACCCGUAAAUAAAAUUGGAUAUUGUCAAGCGUCACGCGAUGGGAGCAGAACGCCUAAUUUACGUUUGCUCCGUGAUUUUGACGUUUUAUCUCUCGGUCGUUCUUUGCGAAAUUGAACCGCGUUAUGAUGAGAAACUUCAACUAUCCGCGACGUCGACGAAAUUGCCGGAGUCCUCCUCCGAGAAGCCGCAGGACAGAUUGGGCUUUUUACAUGCCUUCGUAGCAUCUUUGUCGGUGAUUGUGGUAUCGGAGCUGGGUGACAAGACAUUCUUUAUUGCCGCUAUAAUGGCAAUGAAACAUCCAAGAUUGACUGUAUUCGCUGGAGCGAUAAGUGCUCUUGCACUAAUGACUAUUCUAUCAGUGGUGUUUGGAUAUGCAGCCACGAUUAUUCCUCGUGCAUAUACCUAUUACAUUUCCACUCUUCUCUUUGCUCUAUUCGGAUUAAAAAUGUUACGAGAUGGAUACUACAUGUCGCCAACGGAAGCACAGGAAGAAUUGGAAGAAGUUCAAUCUGAUCUAAGAAAAAGAGAUGAUGAGUACGAAAAGGAAACAGCGAGUACGUUAGUCCAGGAUCCCGAAACUGGGGUAAUACGAAAAACAACUAAAAGCAGUGCGCUCAUGCUGCUUUCGAGGAUAUUCUUCCAAGCGUUUACUCUUACUUUCCUUGCGGAAUGGGGUGAUCGUUCUCAACUAACAACCAUCAUCCUCGCAGCAAGAGAGGAUGUUUACGGAGUUAUAAUAGGUGGAAUACUAGGUCAUUCGUUUUGUACUGGUUUAGCAGUAUUAGGAGGACGUAUAAUAGCUCAGAAAAUAUCAGUAAGAACAGUGACCAUUAUUGGUGGAUUGGUAUUCUUACUAUUUGCUUUAACUGCACUCUUCAUCAAUCCUGUGGAAGACGUUUGAAUAUCUUCCUUAAUUUGCAACUCCGAAGAUUUUUACCAGUAUUUUUAUUUACUUUGUGAACUUUGUAUAUCGCAUAUAUUGUAUAUUGUAUAAGAACUUAUUGUAUAUUUGUGUACAGUAUAAUUAUAAAUUUAUCUUUACAGAAUCAACACAAAAUUAACUAGGAGUUGGCUAAUUCCGGCCAGAGAACUGUUUUUUUAAUAUAAGUGAUAAAUACAUUUACAUACAUAUAUAUAGUUGUUUGUAAAUAUCGACAACUAGGAAUGUCUUGGUUAAAAAUGAAAUAUUGAUGCACA